GGUGCGCCGCGGAACGCGCCCAGGCUCCCCGGUUCUGGAGAGCAGCUCGCCGCAGCCGGAAGGUUAAGCUUGAAAUCACUGCUCAGCUUCCAAGAUGUUGCUGCCCAAGUUGCAUGUGCUCUUCUGCUUCUGCAGCUGCCUCAUGCUGGCUCAUCCUUUUGACUGCCAAGGCCUCAAUCCUGAUGUCCAUGUCAAACCACCAGCACGGGUGAAUAAAACACGCGCUCUGAUGGCUGCUUUGGCCUUUGGCCAAACUAAAAUCCCCAAAGGAAAUGGACCGUAUCCUGUCGGCUGUACUGACCUGAUGUCUAAAUAUACUAAUAAGAGCACCUUCUUACGUCUGUAUUAUCCAUCCCAAGAUGAUCGUGCUGACACCGUUUGGAUCCCUAACAAAGAAUAUUUUUUUGGUCUUAGCAAAUUUCUUGGAACACACUGGCUUAUGGGCAACAUUUUGAGCUUUCUCUUUGGUUCAAUGACAACCCCUGCAAGCUGGGAUUCCCCUCUGAGGACUGGUGAAAAAUAUCCACUGAUUGUUUUUUCUCAUGGUCUUGGAGCAUUCAGGACAAUUUAUUCUGCAAUUGGCAAUGACCUGGCAUCUUAUGGGUUUAUAGUUGCUACUGUGGAACACAGAGAUAGAUCUGCCUCUGCGACCUACUAUUUCGAUGACCAGUCUGCGGCAGAAGCAGGGAACAAGACUUGGCUGUAUCUCAGGACCCUGCAGCCAGGGGAGAAGGAGUCGGAGAAGACCAUACGGAACACACAGGUGCGGCAAAGGGCCAAGGAGUGUUCCCAAGCUCUCGAUGUGAUUCUCUCUGGAAGACCGGUGAAGAACGUCUUAGAUUUAAAGUUUGAUAUGCAACAGCUGAAGGACUCCAUCGACAGAAACAGAAUAGCAGUGAUGGGACAUUCUUUUGGGGGAGCCACAGUUAUUCAGGCUCUUCACGAUGACCGGAGAUUCAGGUGCGGCAUUGCCCUGGAUGCAUGGAUGAUGCCCCUGGAGGAGGAAGUAUUGUCCAAGUUUUCUCAGCCCCUCUUUUUCAUCAACUCUGAACGGUUCCAAUAUCAUGAUAAUAUCGUAAAAAUGGAAAAAUGCUUCUUACCUGGCAAAGAAAGGAAAAUGAUUACAAUCAGGGAUUCGGUCCAUCAGAAUUUUGCUGACUUCACUUUUGCAACUGGCAAAAUAGCUGGAUACAUAUUCACCUUAAAAGGAAAAAUAGAUUCAAAUGUAGCUAUUAAUCUUAGCAACAAUGCCUCAUUAGCAUUCUUACAAAAGCAUUUAGAACUUAAGAGAGAUUUUAAUAAGUGGGAUGAUUUGAUUGAAGGAAAAGACAGUCGCCUUAUUCCAGGGAGCAAUAUUAACACAACCGACCACCACAGCAUUCUACAGAAUUCUACAGGAAGAGAGAAACAGAAUUUGGAUUAAAAGUGCUGUUUAAAAAGUCUUAUUUUGAAGCUGAUUGAAAUUUCCCAAAAAGGACAACUUCUUGUUCCGGCGCUCAGUCUGCUCAGAUGCUCUGUUGGUCUGGAUGCCUUGCCUCUUGUUGACGAGCAGCUUCUGACUGGCCACAUCCAUGGAUCCACCGCUAAAUCUAAGUCACCUCCAGACCCCUUUCCUGGGGUUAAGAAAGGAACAGAAAAACAAGAACAUUACUUACAUGGGAGCUACAGAUUUACUGUCCUCUAAAAAUGGGGAGAAGUCAGAUGAGUAUUCUAAUGUCUGCAGAGAACUCUAACUACGGAGAAUGAUCCCCACCAAAAAAAUGUUUUAUUUUUAGUAUUUUGGUUCGCACACACUACCUAUUAUUAUCAAAGUUUCUCUAAAAUAUUACAAAGUGGGUAUAUUUUUUAUUUCGCUAGAACGACGUUAACAAGGCUGGUAGCCAGUUAGUCCGUGCUCUCCUCGGUUAGCGUCUGUUUUUCACGUAAAGCCAAGAGCUGUGUCACGCUCAGUGUGCUCAGUUAUAAGAACCAGCGGGCUCCUUGUGAACACGGCCCAGCAAUGCCCAGGGACUCCCGAGUUGCACUGUAUCACGGAUCUAAAGCUAAAAUCCCUGAAAGAAAUUCCAAGACACCAUUUAACAUAGACGGAUCAUUUGAACAUAGGAGCUAAUUAACACUGAGAAAAUCCUUUGAAAUAUGAAUUGAUCAGAUUCACAGUCUGACUUUCAAGAUGAAUUCAAUCAAUAAACAAAUUCCCUAUUUCAAGAAGUCCUCUUCCUGGUUAUUUAUCCUAAGCACAAUGAACAUUUGUAGCUCCAGGUUUUUUUUCUU